AUGCAAUCCUCAACUCAGCAGCCGCGGGUAAAUCUCGCGGAGUUGAAAGUUCAGAUAGUGAAGAGAAUUGGGGCAGAGAGGUCGAAGUUGUACUUCUAUUAUUUGAAUAAAUUUUUAAGUUUGAAGCUGAGCAAGGUUGAGUUUAAUAAGCUCUGUGUUCGUGUUAUUGGGAAAGAUAAUGUACUGUUACAUAAUCAAUUUAUCCGUUCGAUUUUGAAAAAUGCUUGUAAUGCCACUGUCCCGCCACCGCUGCUGCUGCCAAGUCAUGAUAAGGAGGUUCCCACAUCUGCAAGUGAUGGGUCCUGCUAUUAUCCAAAUGGGAAAGCAGAUUUUGCUUCUCAUCAGUCAAUAGUUUCAGAUGAUAAUAUAGCCUCAGAAGAUGGAAUACAGAAGUUGGUGCAGCAUCAUCAAGGAGGGGAAGUUUUCCUUCACCGCCCUGCAAAAUUAGCACUAAUAAAGCUUUCAACAGAUGGUUUAGUUUCUGUACAUAGUAAAGAACAGAGUGAGACAUCUGAGAUAUCUACUGUAACUCCACUUCAGGCACCACUUGGAAUUCCAUUUUGCACUGUAAGUGCAGGUGGCUCCCGUAGGCCUUUGACUUUAGCAAGCAAUGAUAGAUUUGCUAGCUUGUGUCAUAGGGGUGGAUUGCUGGAUGCACAGACGCUGAGAGAAAGAAUGCAGCAGAUUGUUGCAGCGCAUGGCCUUGAUGGUGUAUCGAUGGACUCUGCCAAUUUGCUGAGCAGCGGCUUGGAUGCUUACUUAAAAAGGUUGAUCAAGUCCUGCAUCGAACUCAUUAAUACAAGGUGUGGAUGUGAUUCGACAAACAAUAAUCUCCAGAAGAACCAUUCUGAGGGGAAGCUUGUUAAUGGCUUUCUGCCAGGCCAUCAUUUUCAGAUGCAAAGUAGCAAUAAGAUUUUGGAUGGAAUGCAAUCCCACUUCCCGAUAUCAUUACUGGAUUUCAAGGUUGCAAUGGAGCUUAACCCACAGCAGCUUGGAGAAGACUGGCCCCUGCUACUGGAGAAAAUAUGCACGCACCAAUCAGAAGAAUAA